AAUUUCGUCAAUAGCCUUAUGAGCAGUCAACAGCUCGACAGAGUCACGAUCCGUCAUUCGCGAUUCUGAUGGUUUCCCUUCCAUUCGGAGGUGUCUGGUCUGGUGCAAUCCGUCAAAAUAGUAAAAAGUGAACGGUAUAGUGAACAGUGGCAGUAGACAACUAAAGACGUGGAGCACUGAGUAUGAGAAGCAAUAUCCACCGAGCACAGUGUACCGCGAGAGCAGUGCCCAUCAGUCGUCUUUGAGAUCUCGCGGGUUGGGUUGGACGAAACAUAUCCACGACAGGCAAUAUCCAUUCGGUAUUCGAGGGUGGGAGUGCCAGCAGUAAUAAUCGCGCUAGAAGCAACAAGGCCACAUCGAACGUCCUUUCACAUUACUGGCCUAGCCGCAGUUAAACAAGUUCGGACUUUAGGUUCCCUGUAACUGGAGGAAUUUGGCACGAGAAAGAGCUUCUGGAUGCGGGACGUCACGAGGGGUGGAAGAAUUUUGCAGUGUUGAGUAACAGGCUAUUCGAUUGCGAUUACCAAAUCAACAUAUCUGAAGUAAGCCGCGAAGGAAGAAGCUGUGAGUGCCGUCCGAUGUAAGUGCUAUCGGAAGAUUUUGCUUGUUCUUAUUUCGGCAGUGUUGCAGUUACUUCUAUCAAGUGCAAAAAUAAUUAGCAUAUCAGUUGCUGGAUCCUGUAAGGGGCCGUGAAACCGAAAGAAGAAAGGUUCUCUAUUUUUUGCAGUAUUUACACCCUGCUAUCGUGGCAUGGUGUUUCUGAAAAGCUGUGUUUGAUUCAGUGUUGCAUUUAGUGAUUAGCCUUGAAAAUUAUCGAAGCAAGAAGUUGUUGGAAAGCGUGGCUGAUUGGUUAAAAGAGCAGAAACCAUCGUAAAUCUUCUGAGGGGUAUUUAAGAACGUGAACGAGGCUGGCCAAAGUAGAAGGGGAAGAGGAAACAGGUUUUCGCAACGAACCUCACGAAAUAAAAGGUAACAAAAGACUCUCCACAAUACGCUUUUUGUCAUGGAUCACUCCGAGCAUCACGACUAUACCCACCACAUGAACCACUCGUCGAAUACCGACACAAUGCACCACGGACAUGACGGCCACGGUUCGAUGGAGCACAGCCUGCAGGACCACACGAUGGACCAUGGAGCGGCAGCAGCAAACGCCGGCAACGGUUAUUCUGGUCACGCAGGCAUGGUGCAUCAUAUGAUGUCUAUGGCGUUCCAUGGUGGCUACAACGAGACCAUUCUAUUCGAGCAAUGGAAAAUCGACAGUCUGACGGGACUGCUGUGGUCGAUGCUGCUUAUUUUCAUAAUGGCUGCACUGUACGAAGGUCUUAAAUACUACCGGGAGCACCUGUUUUGGAAGACCUACAACGCACUGCAGUACCGGCCCGUUACAGUGACAGAGAAAAAUCCCGGUAACGGCAAUGUUGCCAACAACAACGGGCUCCCAGGAAAUGGGGGUGGUAGCGGCGACGACGCUUCACGAGUAGUCCACAUGGUCGGCGAAGUGAUCCACAAACAACCCAGGCCCACGAUGCUCUCGGCAAUGCACCUGUUCCAGACGUUCCUGCACAUCCUCCAGGUGACGCUGAGCUUCCUAUUGAUGUUGAUCUUCAUGACGUACAACACGUGGCUAUGCAUCGCCGUCGUGCUGGGGGCUGCCCUCGGAUAUUUCCUGUUCGGAUGGAAAAAAUCGGUAAUUGUAGAUGUUACCGAACACUGCCACUAGCAGCCCGGCCUGUCCACCUCGGUAGCCUCCCUGCACCGUCGCAUGACGCCGGCUAUCGACGCGACAGCGCUGUUCUAAUAUCAUUGUCUUCGUCUUGGCCGGUCACGUCCACCAUGCAAACAACGCCGAUACGUGUUGAGAUAUCUUCUCCUAGCCCACAGGUGGAUCCUUGGGGACUAAUUUUCGCGUCAAAUCGAAUGAUUGUGGGAAAAAUAGGUAAUUAUCUGCGAUACAAUGAUGAUAGUCUGAUGCGUGAAAGGAGUAUGCAAAUGGAAACUCAUCAAUACAUUUUUAAAGUUACUUGUUAGUAAGAUUUAGUGAAGAUAAAAGACUUCGAGAAGAAUCGUUCAAGUUUUAGCUGGUCUGGUUCGGAUAGGUUAAUUGGUUUGAUUUCCAUUUCGUUUUUAUUUUUUUAAUUAUUCGUUAUAUUAUUCAGAUAAUUCUCAAACUAAACAAAAGCAGAACAAAAAUGUUAUGCCCCGUAAAAACAACGUGGCUUACGACUUCAGCUGGUUGAAUUUCUAUUAUUCUCAUGAAUGUUUUCAGGAGUCAAAAUCGAUCUUUGAUCAAAUAUCAGUAUCAGUAUAAAUAUUUAUAAUCGACGAAAACUCAUGACGGAAAUAGAAAUGCAAAGCGAUAAAGCCGUAAAAUAUCCCCCAUAGAUAUUGUAUGAUUUUGUCAUAAUGUGUCGCAUGCCAACUGUAUAAUGGCCUCAAACUGUAGUAAGCAUAAAUGUAAGCAGCCUGUAAAGUGCUAAAUGUCAACAGCAACAGAUUGUUUUUAAGACAAAGAACGCCUGAAUAUGGAAUUGUGAUGAUACUGUCCCAACAAGUGUAAGAAAAAAAAACGAAUUUUGUAAAAAAAACACAAUAUAGACACUCCCGAGGGUCAAACACAUAGCUAUAGACAUUAUUGAACAGAAUAUAUACUAUUUUUAUUCAUAGGCUAGUAUAACAACCUAUGCAAAUAGA